AUGGCAGAAGUGGUGGUCGCCUUCGACAUCUACGGGACCCUGCUCUCCCUUGAAACGGCCACGCACGAGCUGGAGCAGCACUUCCGGGGAGACGCCCAGCGCGCGCGCACCGUGGCCCAGACAUGGCGACGCUACCAGCUGGAGUACACCUGGCGGCUGAACAGCAUGGGACGCUAUCUCCCCUUCGACGAAGUCACUCGCAACGCUCUGUUGCACGCGCUCGACGACACCGGAUCCUCCCUGGACGAGCCGGCCAUCGACGGGGUUCUCGCGGCCUACGAUCGCCUCCAACCCUUUCCGGACGUCGAAGAAGCCCUCCGGAAGAUAAGCGCCACCGCGCGGAUCAGGCCGGUUGUGUUCUCCAACGGGACCGUGGACAUGGUCCGCGCCUGUCUCAGCCACGCACCGCCGCAGCUGCUGCUGCAGCUGCAACUACAGAACAUGGAGAUCAUCAGUGUGCAUCCCCUACAACAAUAUAAGCCCGCCCCGGCGGCCUACAGUCACCUGCGGGAGCAAGUAGCCGGCACGGGCGGCGGCGGCGGCGGCAGCAGCAGCAGCAGCAGCAGCAGCAGCAGCACAGCGACGAUCUGGCUCAUCAGUGCGAAUCCAUUCGAUAUCGCCGGCGCGAGCAGUGCAGGCCUGAACACGAUCUGGGUCGAUCGCGACCAGAACCAGGCGGGGUGGUCCGACCGAGCACUGCCCGAGGUCAAGCCUACGGCGACAAUACGUCGGCUGGCCGAGUGCGUCGACAUAAUUAAAGGCUACCAAUAA